AUGUGCAAAGCUGGCUCUACAGGAGACAGUGCCCCUUGGGUUGUCUUCCUUUUCAUUGCUCAGCAUCCCAGACAUCAGGGUGUGAUGGUGGGUAUGGGCCAGAAAGACAGCAAUGUGAGGGAUAAGGCCCAACGAAAGAGAGCUAUUCUGACCCUGAAGUACCACAUUGAACAUGGUAUUGUCACCAAUUGGGAUGACAUGGAAAAGAUCUGGCAUCAUACUUUCUAUAAUGAGCUCCAUGUGACCCCUGAAGAACACACUGUGCUGCUUACAGAACCCCACCUGAACCAUAGAGAUAACAGAGAAAAGGAAACUUGGAUUAUGUUAGAAGCUUUCAACACCCCAGCCAUGUAUGUUGCCAUCCAGGCUAUGCUGUCCCUGUAUGCCUUUGGCCAUAGCUCUGGUACUGUAAUAGACUCUGGUGAUAGUGUAACCCAUGUCAUGCCCAUCUAUGAAGUUUAUGCCCUUUCCCAUGUCAUUCUCUGCCUGGAUCUGGCUGGCCAUGAUUGA